AUGGCUUGUCAAACUGAAGGCACUGCCAGAAAAUGCUUCUCUCGUGGCAGAACAAAAGUCAGUUCCCAGUUUCUCCCGUCGGCAGAACCGCCGCAGGGCGCAGACGCCAUCAAAACGAAGAAACGGUUUUCUGUUCGUUCCGCGUUGUUCGGCUUUCACGGGAAUGGUGACUCUGAAGCGGCUUCCCGAGCUCGUUCCAUCCCGCACGCUGCCAACUCUGGAGACGUGAUAAAGAACAGAAUUCCUAGACCGUACGCGUGUGUGUGCCCCCCCCUCCGCGCCAAAGCAAUAGUUACGAAACAUCCCUGUCGAAAAAAGCUUGCGAAUCUCGCAACGGCAGCAUGCGAAAAUGAACCCCAGCCGUUGACGGCUCCUGUCUCCUUGCCACCUUUUCCCCAUCAUUUGUCCACCGUUUCUAGACAAAAGGAUUCGAGGAGCUCGCUUUCACACUAGGAUGCAGACCCUUAAGACUUUUUCACAUCUUU